AACAAGCACAGGAGACAGGGAGAAAGAGAAAAGCCAGGUCAAGGGGAACGAAUGUCUGCGAAACCAAGAUUUCCGUAUGCACUUUAUCAGGCACUGCCGGAGACAACCUGAAAGAGAUCCGGGUCCUGCUACAAGGGAGAAGGGGGCCUUGCGUCCAGAGUUCGAUGCGCUGAUUGGUUGGUCCGCCGCGGCAGGGGAAGAACCCGGAUGUGCCUGGGUAGUCGUGUUGGCAGUCGGGGCUCCGAGGUUUGGGGUACUAGGCGUGCUGGCAAGCCAAGGCGGAUGGCGCAGGGUUGGGCCGGCUUCUCUGAGGAGGAGCUGAGGCGACUAAAGCAGACUAAAGAUCCAUUUGAACCACAGCGGCGUCUCCCUGGGAAGAAAAGUCGACAACAACUUCGGCGAGAAAGAGCCCUUCAAGAGCAAAGUCAAAAAUUUGGACUUCAAGAUGGGUCAACCUCAUUACCUCCAGAGCAGCUGCUUUCUGUACCAAAACAAAGAUUUAAUACUCAGAGACCAUAUUCUUCUCCUCCUACUCCCCUUACAGUCACCUCUCCUGUUGGUGAUGGAAAACCACAGGGUACUGAAAGUCAACAAAAGGAACUGGGACUUAAGAAUUCCCAUGAAGUUCACAAAAAUGCUGAGGUUCUGCCUCCAAAACCAGAUUGUCAAUUGGAAAAAAAGAAAGUGGAAUUGCAAGAAAAAUCUCGUUGGGAAGUCCUCCAGCAAGAACAGCGGCUAAUGGAAGAGAAAAAUAAACGUAAGAAAGCUCUUUUGGCUAAAGCUAUUGCAGAAAGAUCUAAAAGAACCCAGGCAGAAACCAUGAAACUGAAGAGGAUCCAGAAGGAGUUACAGGCUUUAGAUGACAUGGUGUCAGCUGACAUUGGAAUCCUCAGGAACCGGAUUGAUCAGGCCAGCCUCGACUAUUCAUAUGCUCGGAAGCGGUUUGACAGGGCUGAAGCAGAGUAUGUGACAGCAAAGCUAGAGCUGCAGCGCAAGACUGAGCUUAAAGAGCAGCUCACUGAACACCUUUGUACGAUCAUCCAGCAGAACGAGCUCCGCAAGGCCAAGAAGUUGGAGGAGUUGAUGCAACAAUUGGAUGUGCACGCUGACGAGGAGACUUUGGAGCUCGAGGUGGAGGUGGAGAGACUGCUGUGUGAACAAGAAGCAGAAGCAAGGAAACAAGUGGUUCAUUUAGAGAGGUCAUUUCAGCCUUCUGGGGAGAGCGUGACCUUAGAGUUGGCUAAAGAGAACAAAAAGCCUCAAGACCGGGCUGCUUCCCCAAAGGUAGACGAACAGGGGAAAAACUCCAAUAGCAUUGCCCUUCUCGAUCCAGAACGGCCAAAUCAAGAGGUUGAAACUGCCGUAAAAGACAUUUCAGCUUCUCUCAUCACGUGAAGUGUCUGUGUUUUUUGUUCUUUACAAUUAAAUAGGGUAUUCAGUAGACUUUCUGUUGUAGAUUACGCCAUGACCUCUGAUAAAUGCCCCUUCAAGACAAUAUUAAUUUUUAAGUCCAUUACUUUUAGUAUAACAUGUUUGGAGGUUCUAGAAAAAUCUCAGAUUAUGAUAGUUUUUUAUAUGUGGGCAUAGUUCACCUUGAUUUUAAUCCAGGUCUUCCAUUGUAUCCUUAUUACUGGGUGAAAACAAGUGAUUUUAAAGGAUGGAAGAAAAACUACAUGGUUAAUUGUUUUUUCAGACCAGGUGAAUACCAAAAUGUAAAAGUGAAAAAUGAUAAUCAGUACCUACUGGAACUUAUUUAACUUCUCCUGGGAGAAAUAUUGGAAAUGAGAGUUCUAUUUCAUGUAAUCAAUAAAGAGACACAAAAGCUAACAUGUGGAAAAGAGAAUGAGAGACAAAACUAACAAAAGUACUAGGUUGAAUUAUCUAUUCAGAUCUUACUCGUGUAAAAUACAACUUGGAAGUUAUAGUUUACAAAAAGAACCAGACACCUUAAGUUGCUGUUGAUAUACAUGUACACACAUACAAACAUAGAUAUGUAUAAAUAUACCACGGUAUAUAUAAUUGUACUAUUAAUAUAUUGUCUCUUUUCUAAUCAGCACAUUGCUUAAAUUUAGGCAGUGAAAACCCUUCUAUAGGCUGAAAAUAAUAUAGAAAAUCUUGUUGCUACUUUUGAUUAUUUAAAGGUGAUAUAUUUUUUUCCUUAAAGUUACCUGUAUGUGUUUUAUAUGUUGGAUAUAAAUUAUCCUGUUGUGGAACAUUAAAAUUGUUAAAAUGAUGGUUUUUUAAUUACUUCAAUAAUUUGUUAAUUACCAUCACUAAUACUUGACCACUACAUUGUACUAUAUGAGAAUGUAUAACUAUCAUGUGAAAUUAUGAUCUAUUAGAAAUUCUGAAAGUACAAAUAUUACAUUUUAAGGCUUAAAGAACUAUUAUAAAAGAAGAUAAGGACAAAUGUAAUAUUGUAUCCAUUAUAAGUUCUGAAAAAGUUGGGGAUAUUCUAUUUUAAAAUGAGUUUGUUUAAAGAUAACUACCUUCUAGGAAUGCAGGUGAGCUUUUUAUAUUAUGUAAUUUGAGUUGAAUUUAUAGCUUUCCAUUACUGACUUCUCUGAACAGAAACACUUAGAUAGUUGUUUUUUUAUUUAUGAAUUACGUACAUAAAAACUGAAAGCUUCAUUGUUCAAAACACUUAUUUUUCUAAUGAAUAAAUGAUUCUGAUGCAUUUAUAAAGUGCAUUCUUAAGCACUUUGUGGCAAUAAUGCAUCCUGUUUGUUCAUGUGGUAGGGGCUUCCCAGGUAGCUCAGUGGUAAAGAGUCCACCUGCCCACACCAGGGAUGCAAGAGAUGUGGGUUCAGUCCCUGGGUUGGGAAGAUCCCCUGGAGGAGGAGAUGACAACCCGCUCCAGUAUUCUUGCCUGGAGAAUUCCUUGGACAGAGGAGCCUGGCGGCCUAUUCCAUGGGAUUGCAAAGAGUUGGACAUGGCUGAGCAACUGGGCACACAGUCUGGUUCUCAGCUUAUACUUUUACUUAAAAGUACAAGGAGGAAGGAGAACCGUGAAGUAAAUGAAUUGGAUGGGACCUCAGAGAUGACUCAGUUUAAUCGUCUUAUUUUACAUUUGAGGAAUUUGAGAGUCGGAGCUUUUGCUUAUGGAAUGCUGGCCAACUUGCUCAUAUUAAAGUGCUGGUAAAGUUGCAGUUUUAAACUCAUGAUAUAUCUCUUACUUAUGUAAGGCCAUGAAGCUCACUGCAUUCUUCCACUUGAAAAGUUUGCUCUCUGACAUAUUCAGGAUUUGUGUUUGUACAUGUGAAAUGCUUUCAAAUAUGUCUAUAAAAGUCCCUGAAACCGUUA